AUGAAGAAGGAUACCUGGUGCUCCAUGUUUGGAGAUGUGGCCAUAUCCCACGGCGGUAGAAACCGGCGUCAAAACCAGGGGAGACAUUCCAGAACCCACACUGGAGAGAAACCAUAUGAAUGUAAGGACUGUGGGAAAGCCUUCCGCUGCUCCUCAUUCCUCACGAACCACGUGAGAAUCCACAGUGGAGAGAUGCCAUUUGAAUGUAAGGAGUGUGGGAAAGUCUUUAGGCAAGCCUCAGACCUCACUACACACAGAAGAAUCCACAGUGGAGAGAAACCAUACGAAUGUAAGGAGUGUGGGAAAUCUUUCAGGUGUUCGUCACAUCUCACCACACAUAUGCGAAUCCACAGUGGAGAGAGGCCUUACGAGUGCCAAGAAUGUGGGAAAGCUUUUACUGAUUACUCAGCCCUCACAAAGCAUGUAAGAACUCACAGUGGCGAGAUGCCUUAUGAGUGUGUGGAAUGCGGCAAAGUCUUCAGGCAUGCCUCAAACCUCAGCACGCACAGAAGAAUCCACAGUGGAGAGAGACCUUACGAAUGUAAGGAGUGUGGGAAAGCUUUUAGAUGUUCCUCAGAUCUCACAAAACAUGUAAGAAUCCACAGCGGAGAGAGGCCCUAUGAAUGUAAGGAGUGUGGGAAAGUCUUCAGGCAGGCCUCAAGCCUCAUUACACAUAGAAGAAUCCACAGUGGAGAAAGGCCCUAUGAAUGUAAGGAGUGUGGGAAAACCUUCAGGUGUUCCUCACACUUCACUUCGCAUAUGAAAACUCACAGCGGAGAGACUGCUCUAUGUCAAAAGUAG